GCCGGAAGUAACGCACGAUCACGUGGCGGCGCGGGAGGCGGGGCUCCGGAGGAGGCCGCGCCAGAGGGCGUGUGCCCGCGGUUUCGCGCGACCCAAUGAGGGAGGGCGGCGUGGCCCGGGCCGGUAGCGACGAGGAGGCGCCUGCGCAAAGGCGGCGGCACCGCCGGGGUUGACUCCGGGGGCGCGGCGAGGAGAGACAUGAGGCUGAGCUGGGUCCUGACGGUGCUGACCGUCGGCCUGAGCGCCCUGGCCACGGUCACGGGGGCCGAGGGCAAGCGCAAGCUGCAGAUCGGGGUCAAGAAGCGCGUGGACCACUGUCCCGUCAAGUCGCGCAAGGGAGACGUCCUGCACAUGCACUACACGGGGAAGCUGGAAGAUGGCACGGAGUUUGACAGCAGCCUGCCCCAGAACCAGCCCUUCGUCUUCUCCCUCGGCACAGGCCAGGUCAUCAAGGGCUGGGACCAGGGGCUGCUGGGGAUGUGUGAGGGGGAGAAGCGGAAGCUGGUGAUCCCCUCGGAGCUGGGGUAUGGAGAGCGGGGCGCUCCUCCAAAGAUUCCAGGCGGUGCGACCCUGGUGUUCGAAGUGGAGCUGCUGAAAAUCGAGCGCCGUUCAGAACUGUAGCCAGGCUGGGGGGGGGCAGGGGCCCCUAUCUGGGACCAGACUGUUCAUAAAAAGAAACCUUAAAAGCCCAA